AUGGAUCCAGCUGUUGCACUAGCUUUAAUUGUAUUGGCAGUUGUGUUUUUGAUAUCAUUUUCAAUACUAGUUGUUAUGUGUAAAAGUAGAUAUCAAUAUAAAAGAUUUUUAAAGUCAAAUAAGAAUGGAUUCAAUAAAUUAAAUCAGGAUAAUUGGGAUGAAAUGAUUCAACUAUCUCCUCUUAUAUCACAAGCAUUAGAUAAUAAUCCUUGGUUAGGUGACGCAACAGGCAUUUUACAACAUUGUGUAUCAAUUUUACGUUUAUGUCAUCAAUUAACAGAAACAUUGUCAAAAGUUCCAUCUAAUGAAUUGUUACCAAUGUAUAGUGAUUCUAUAUCAACGUCAACUCAACGUAUCUUAAAAGAUUUUGAUUAUUUUCUUAAAACACUUGGACAAAAGAAUGCUGAUUUAGCUGUUAUUGAGGCAAGAGCUUGUGCUUUGGUUUCAAGCUCUUUUGCAUUGACUAUUCCAUUUUCUUUGAUGUUUCCAAAGAGCAAAAACUCAUGUAAGGCAUUCAUUACGGAAAUGGAAAACCAUACUAGUGUACUAAAAAGUUAUGUCAAGUAUGCUGAGGAAAGAAAUGAAGCAUUAAUUAUUUCAAUGGCCGAUAAUGAAAAUAUUAAAAAUUAUUAUGAUAAUACACCUAAAGAAGAAAAUAAAGAUAAUGAGGAACUUCCAAUUUCAUCUGAUGAUAAUAAUACUAAUAAUGAAGAAAAAGUAUCAUGA